GUGGGACGGCAGCGGUUUGUCGCCGCGACCGACCGCCACUUGGGGGUAUUGCUUCGGCCACGCGGCGAAUGCGUUGAUGAGGAGAGCGUCGCUUCUCCUGUUGUUCAGCCUUGUCAUCCUCUUUGUUGUCACCGUCGCGGAGAUCGCGGUGUACCGUCGGAACAGGGACGCGUACUGCAGGAACUACAUAAAGCGAGAGCUUGCGCUGUACGACGAGAACGGCAGCCCGAGCUGUUCAGCUUGGGUGGGCGCCAUUCACGGCUACUCGACGCCCUGGUGGAAGGACCGACCGGACGUGCUGGAUCGCCUGCCCACCGCGCUGUCGGCUGGAUCCGAGAGCGUCUCCGUUACGCCCAGGGGGGAUGACGCGGAGCUGUUCGUGCAGGGGUUCAAGCUGGUGGUGCUGCCUGCUUCCCCGGACGUGGAUGGCGGAUUGGUGGGCAUUUGUAUGUUGCCGUACUUCGGCACCGUCGUGCUAUCCCAUGUGAUACAGAUCGUGGGACCUUUGUUCGGAGGCAUAUUUUUAGUCGGCAUGGUCCAGUACCGGGUAUACGGCCCGGUUACUGGAAAUGAUGCUGGUGUGACUCAGUGGGAUGAAGCCGUGUGGGCGAUUUUCUCGCGUGUGUGCUUGGGAGCCACCGUGCUGCUGUGCCCCUUCUACUCGGUGCUCCGGUCUUCGUUCCACCAGUACUAUAGAAGCCCCUCCUCCCCAGACGAACUAUUUCUGCGACGGCAAGGACAGGCCUUUCACCGAUUUGAAGGACAGCCCGUACUGCCCCUUUGUCAUCCUGACAGGCACGUCGAGCGACUUCCAGCCUCCAGGGGACCGACAAAGACACCAUCAGCGAGUUGUCCUUCAGCUCCCUGCACUGUGGAAGCGAGGAGAACGGGGUACCUGCAGAUGCCAGGCUAUCGGUCGCUCGCCAAGUGCACGGCGCUCAGUGGCGCUGGCUGCCUUGAUGCAAUGAGCCUCACCAUGAGCACGGCCCUGUACAUGCGCUUCUGGCUGGAGUUCCUCAACUUGUCGUGGGGAGACUACAUCAUCUUCAAGCCUCGCCAGUACACCUACUCGAACACAGGACUGAUUCGUCAACCGUUUUGUCGAGUUUCUCCCUUCGAGCCUCCUCACCUUCGUGACCUACGCCGUCCUCUUCGUUGGCCUGGAGGCCGCCCAGAGGAGCGAGAGUGCGAGGUGUGCCACUGGCAGUACUGGGCUGCC